AUGGCCGUCAAGAACCUCGACACUGCGGCCGACCGCAGCAUUGCUGCCGUCCUCGGCUCAGCCGCUGGUGAUGCCCUCGCCAUCCCCUACGCAUCAUCGCCCGACCUGCUGUCCAAGGCGCCGGCAGACCAGCCCCUGCAAGUCACCUCGGGCGGCUCGUGGUCGCAAGGGGAGUGGGCAUCGAGCACCGCCAUGUCGAUCCCUGUGCUCCAGGCUCUUUCAAAGGACUUCAGUCUGGGCCCCGGUGCACCUGUCGAGGUGCCGAACUUCGUUGCCCAGGAGUGGCUUGAAUGGCAGAAGUCGGGCGGCAAGGGUGGCGACGACCGCCUCUCCAAGCUCUUCCAGGCCACGGCCGACGAGCAGUCCAAGUCUGGCGGCGGCGUCUUCCCCUACGGCACCGCGAUGACCAAGCUCGCCCGCCAGCAGGGCAAGAGCGGCAACAGCGACAACAACCGCGCGCCCGCCCGCAUGACUUCGCUCGCGCUCGGCUUCCUCGCUCCGGGCCAGGAGACUGCCCUCGUCAAGGCUGCUAUCGCUCUGACGGACCUGACCGAGCCUGACCAGGACGCGCAGGAGGCCUCCGCCCUCGUGGCGCUCGGUAUCCGCAACGCCAUCCUCACCGGCAAGCUCGAUCUCGAGAAGAUGACCGACUUCCUUCCCGAGAACCGCAGGGAGACCUGGAAGGAGCGCAUCGCCGACGGAUACAAGGUCGACCCCGAGGACUUCGCCAAGGUCAACCACUCGGCCAUCGGCGCCUUCAAGGCCGCCGUUGCUGCCAACGCCGGCGCCGACGACGUCGCCACGGCUAUCGACAAGGCUACCCGCGGCGGAGGUCAGUCCGACCGCGUCGCCGCCAUCGCUGGCGCUUGGGCCGGAGCCAGGUUCGGGUCCAAGAGCGUUCCGCAGUGGAGCUCUAAGCUGCAUGGCUGGCCGUGCAAGGCCAAUGACCUUCAGACCUUGGUCUCCACUGUCAUGAACAGGUACAAGCAGUAG